GUUGUAACUAAUGCUAAACGGAGGAAGUAGUAUAUAUGUAUGUUUGGUGCAUAAAAGGGGGUAUUUGAUGAGUGGUAUAACCAGGUUAGAUGCAUAAUAUGCCACGAACCUAUUAUUCUCACCGGAUCUUUAAUGGGCUCCAAGUCCUCCAACUUUCCCACCCAUUGAAUUGCUUUAAUUGUGAAUGACUCAGUAAGUAAACUUUCUCUCAGUUCUCUUUUGAAGCGCACUAGACGUUCUCCAUUGAGGCGCCCUCUAAAUACCUCACCCAUUGAAGCCGCUUCUGAGAAUCCUUUAAUGUUUGGAUUGAACUAUGAAAUUAGACCUCUUCUCCCUGGGCUCAGGGCGGCCGCCCCUCCUGCCCUGGCUCGGGGACGGGCCUGGCCUUCUCGACGUCUGCACACUGCUGCUCCUCUUGCUCAAGAAUUAGGUGCACUGCGUACAGAUAGUGCUGUGAGUUUAAGAGGAGUGCCUCUUGCUUUAUUAGCUGCAGAGAAGGAAGAAGCCAAGGCUGUUUUGAUGCUAUUUCUGAAAAAACAGGGUUUGAACAAAACUGCUGCAUCAAAAGCUAUAAACAAGUCAGAUCUUUUCAUUGACCACCUCGUAUCCCAGCUUCACUCCAUUCACAAAUCUCGGUAUCUCGUAGGUAGGGAGCUGACAACCCUAGAAAUCAGAGAUGCUCUUAUUCCUUACCUUGAUAACUUGCAACUAGAGCAUGGAAGCAAUCUGGUUGAUGUCGUGGAGAACUUUCCAAAUAUGCCUGUUAACGAAAAUGUGACAGCAGAAGUUGUCUCCCCAAGUGUAAUUUUGGAAUCUAAAAAGCUGCCUGAUGAGACUUCAGAAUCCCGGAAGCUUAAGGCCAUUGCACGGGUUAGUGGGUCUGUCCCUAUAGAUAAGCUUCCUCAGCAUGUUAUUUAUCUCAUUGAACUUGGAAUGGAUCUUGAGGAUAUCCAGCAGAUUACUCGAAAGUUCCCAGCUUUUGCUUACUACAGUUUGGAUGGAAAAGUCAGACCUGUGGUUGAGUUUCUUCUUGAACUUGGAAUUCCGAAAACCGAAUUACCCAUUAUUCUUCGUAAGAGACCACAAUUAUGUGGAAUCAGUCUUUCUGAAAAUCUAAUACCCACCAUGAAGUUCUUGGAGGGCUUGGGUUUGGACAAGGGAAAAUGGGCAAAAGUAAUAUACCGAUUUCCCCCCCUUCUUACAUAUAGCAGGCAAAAGUUAAUGUCAACAGUUGAUUUCCUAUAUGAAAUGGGUCUCACAGCACAGGAUGUUGGCAAGAUUCUGACCCGUUGUCCCAACAUAAUAAGCUAUAGUAUUGAGGAAAACUUGCGGCCAACAGCAGAGUAUUUUUCUUUACUAGGUAUAGAUGCGGCUGUUGUUCUGCAACGAUCACCGCAGACUUUUGGACUAAGCAUCGAAAGAAAUCUCAAGCCUAUCACAGCAUUUUUCUUGGAGAAGGGCUAUAGUUUGGAGGAUCUUAGGACCAUGAUCCAAAGGUAUGGGGCCUUGUAUACUUUUAGUUUGGUAGAGAACAUGAUACCAAAAUGGAAUUUCUUUUUAACCAUGGGCUAUCCGCAAUCAGAUCUUGUCAAGUUUCCCCAAUUCUUUGGCUACAGUUUGGAAGAGAGGAUUAAGCCAAGGUUUGCUCUAGUCAAGCAGUAUGGGGUGAAGUUGAUACUGAACCAAGUGCUGUCUUUAUCAAGUGAUGAACUUGAAAAGGUUCUGAAAAGGAAGUUGAAACGAAAUGAUGGGAAGGUUCUAAUGGAAUAGCCCUAUAAGUGUUGUCUUUAUCAACUAAUGAACUUGAAAAGGUUCCGAAAUGGUGGGAAGGUUCUAGUGGUAUAGCAUUUAUUGGAUGCUAUAUCAUUUGACAUGUUCAACACGAUGAAGCUGCUCAUAUAGGUGAUUUUGUUAGGGGUUCGUUAGUUGACUGGAAAAAAUAGUUGAUUAGAAGAAUGUACAGUUACUAGAAUGACUUCUUCAAAAACGUACUCUGAUUGAUUGAGUACUCUUUGUCAGCUGUAGUGUUAAGGAAAACUCGUUACAUGAUGCAUGUAUUGCUUAGUCCAGCCAUUUCACUACAUGCUACAUUGUGAAAUUUUGACUGUUGAGAAUAGUUGUGUAAAUGAUAGUCAUGUCAAAUGGGGUGAGGUGUGUACAAUUAAUCCAUGUUGGUCCAUUUGAUAUAUCCUUUGGCCAGCUAUUGGUGUACCUAUGAAGUAUGAAUUUGAUUAAGCAAUGCAGAGCUGAUUCAAACAAUUUUCCAAAUUAUGUCAAAAGGACAGUGUUGUCCAUGUACAUCCUCCUGUCUUUGCUGCAGUGAAUGAUCUCUGCAUCCCACUUUUAUUGCUCACCAAUUUCAUACCACUCCCUAGCACCAAGGAGUCCUGACUCCUGACAUUAAAAAACAACCGUAGAAUUCAGCUUCCCUUUCCUGUUGAUAUUCUCUGUUAGUCUUUGCUUUUCCACUUCUGUGAUGUUUAGAUAUUAUCUGAUUUCCACUUAUUCAUCUGUAGCUGUCAUUUGGUGUUACUUUUUUUUUCUUCAUUUUGGUACUUACAUCGGUAUCAUGCUGUAGAAAGUGCCAAUCAUUUGAUGCUUAUAAUUCUAUCAUCAGUAUUACUGCUGUAGGAAGGGCCUUAUACAUGAUUACUCUGCAGUAUUCUUGAUGGCAUUAUGUAGUGAUAUUAUGCAACUAAAAUGAAGUGAAAAGUGUUUAUUGUUCUGGCUGUCUGAUUUUAUAUCAGCUUGCAUAUUCUGGUUAUCAUUAGUAUCCAUCCAAGUGUCAGGCUUGGUAAUGUAUAUAUUUUUUUUUCUUCUUAUUGCUCAAGUAUCCAUACCGAAUCGGUGUGUCAAGGAUGUCACAUGGACACUAGAGAUAAAAUGAGGAGUCUAUUUAACAUAGGUUAUCACCACCUCUAUUAGGAACAAGAAUGAGCUACUGAGUUUUUGUGAUAUGAUUUAUUUUGGCAGAAUGUUAUCUGUGGUAUUUACUCAGAGUUUGAGGGCCAAUGAUGCUCCUUGAUUUAGGCUUUACUCCUAAACGAGAGCCUAGUCUGUGCCAAGAUGUAUGCUUGUUUAAAAUUUACAUGUUUACUCACCUUAUUUCCUGCUAUUUGGAUGCAGACUGGUUUAGUGAUUUCUGAACUAAUCAACCAAAUGAUUCAGCAAGUAGAACUGUAUAUUAUUGGUUUGGCUUCUUGCUUAGAAUUGUAAAGGUGCAUCAAGUUCAAGUAUGCCUGAGCUUGCCACAGUCGUAGUCUGUGUUUUUCUGCUGUUCGGAUCAAUUCACUAACAAAUAAACUCAUCAACUGCUCUGUCGCUUCUCGGCCAGACUUUGCUGCUGUAAUAAGCAGCACUAGUAGAAAAAAAGCAAAAAUGCUCCAAGUAAAAGGCACCUAUUUAAUGUAAACCUGUGCCUAAACCAGUUUUCAAAAGUGGUGCCCUUAAUUUGUAAGUUAGCCCCAUAAAUUAGAACUAUCAGUUCCCCAGAAUUUAGAUCUACUUCCUUCCCUCUCACCUCACUCGACACUCUCACUCUCACUAUCAUUCUCAACUACCACCACAGCCGUCCUCCAUUACUGAUGCUCUCUCCGCAUCAACUGCUCACCUCCGAAAAUCGCCGUCGAUUCUGCUGCUUCUAUAGCGCGGGUGGCAACUUUAUCAAAUCUGUGGCGUCGCUAAUGAAGAUAUUAAAGCAAACCCUAAAUAAACCAAGGAGAACAAUGCUGAUGGUGAGGUCUCUAUUGGCGAUGCUGCUCCUCACCAGAUACCUACAACAAAUUCUGGUUCUUCUAGUGGAGGUGGGGUUGGAGGAUUUGGUUUUGAUGUCAGAUCCAUGCUCAAAGUUUCAUUGAAUUUGAACUCGAGCUCGAAUUUGAAGCCUUCUGGAAAUGGGAAUGGGAACACUAAUGCCUCUAAUUUUGUGGUUGAAACUGAUGGUUUUCUGUUAUCUGAUCGUGUUGAUGAUUUAUUUGGCAAAUUUGGAAAAUCUGGUCCGGUUUGAAGCGGGUCUCUAAAGAUGGGAUCGGACGAUUUGGUACUGGAGUUUUAGAGAAGCAAUGCUGCCAAUGAUAGAAUCAUGGUAAUUUAACCAGUCAUUGGCCUGAGUUAAUGCUAAAUAACUUCACAAGGCUUGGGUGUCGUGUUGGAAGGUCUCCUUUAUUUCCUCUUUAAUAAUAGCAUGCUGAUUCUAGUUUUGAGAUUGAAAUUUGAUUUAUCUUUUGGGUUUGGUGGUAAAAUAGUUGGAAUUAAUUGUAAUUUUUGGUUGAUUUGGACUGGUGUUGACUUUAAAAGGUGGAUUUUUGUGAUGUUGCUGUGUUAAAUGAAGAAAUGAAUGCUGAUAUGACUAAUGGGAAUGAAUGUUAUACUCUGGGAUUAGCUCCUUGUAGGAUUUUAGUGUUGGUUUUAAGCUCACAUCGUUGCAUGUUGUAACACAAGAUAAAUAAUGUAUCGGAUGAGGCUAGAGAGACAUGGGUGUGAAGGCUUGGGCGGUGUCUGAAGUUCAGUCUAAUAUCUGUUUGUGGUCUUGGUGUUAUGAAGCUAUUUAUUACCAAAAUUUUGAUUCUUACUGACUUAAUUAUGUGCUUCUUGGUCUUUAUAGUUUAAUAUCUGUGUGAUAUUGUGGAGGACUGGUGGUGACAGAUCUUUGUCGGGAAACAAAGUGAACAGUGCUGGAGAGAGACGGUGGUGGACCUUCGGCAGCGGUGGGGGACUUACAGCGGCGGUGAGGAACAGGUAAUGUGGUGUCUGGUAGUGGCAGUAACCAAAAAAUUAAAAAAUCCACAAAAUGGCAUCAACAACCUCAACCUUCUCUGUCAUGGAGCAAUUCUUUCCGGAGCUUUGCAAGCGCCAUUAAUGAGCCGUAAAAUUUCCAGAAUGGAAGAGUGAUUAUCCCAAUUGUGGCGCAAAAGUAAACCAAGAAAAUUUGCAAGGGUGUGAAUAAAGUUGAUUAGUAAAUUUUGAAGGAGGAUAUACAGGAAUUUCUUGCUGCCUUCGGGAAAGGCCCAGUUUGCUGGACUUCAGUGGACUACGAUGUGUUAUACCAUCAAUUAUGCAUGACAUAAGGUAAACAAAAGCUUCAUAACAUGAGUAUACUGCAUGAUGUUACCGCCUCUGCUGCUCCAUACUGCUGCCUCUACUGCUCCCUCUGCUGCCCGCUGAUGCUGCUGCAUGAUCCUGCUAUGCUCUUACUGCUGUCUGUUCCUUAACCUGCUGUGGUUACGUUCCUGUUGUAAUUUUAAAAUUUUUUUUUUAUUAUAUUCAAGUGUAAUAUUACAGGCAUUUAUAAGUGGAAAUAUCUAGCUCUAAUUAGCUAGCACCAAGCAAUUAGGCUUUAAGCUAUUAUAAACUGGUGCCUUUUUGCUUUUUCCUACUAGUGCAGAAUGUUAUUCAUUUGAUACA